GCAGUCACUAUCUCGGACGACGGACCAAAAAAGGAAGUCGUGAAGUUGUUAGAGAAAUGAAGAUUACCGUGAUCGUCUUGUCCGUCGUGGUAGCAUUGUUUGGGGUCGCAAGUGCCGUCCUGGGGUUCAUCGCCGAGGGCACCAAGCUCACGCGGAAUGACAUUGAGGUGUACAGCAACGAGUGCGUGUACCCUGACAACCCGGCAUACGCGCUGGGGUUACUGGCGGCCCUCCUGCUACUGUUGGCCCAGAUCACCGCCUCGGCCGUCGGCGGUUGCUGCGGCCGCUGCAUGCCUCGGGGCGCCGGCUUCUCCAGGUCCAAGGCCGUUGCCAAGUCCAAGCGGGCCAUUGGCGCCGCCCUCUGCGUCCUCUCAUGGAUAAUGGCGUUGAUCGCGGAGCGGUUCUUCUUGGUAGGUGCGGCGGCGAACAUCCCCAUGACGCGCGAAACUAGCCAGGGCCGGGGGUGUCACGCCGUCAAGGACGGCGUCUUCAUGAUGGGGGCCAUUCUCAGCAUCGUCGCCACCGUGCUCGGGAUCGUAUCUUACAUCAUGCUUUACGCGGCGGCGGCUGGUGCUACUACUACCAUGGGGGCCGUGGCGGGGCCGUCGUCGGCAGGCGAGAUCAGGCUUGACGGGAUCGCGAUCGGCCACCCUGUUGCUGCUCAACAACACGCACAAGCUGUGUAGAGGGCCUACUCUUGCUUCUACUCCCUCCGUCCGAAAAUACUUGUCGAAAAAAUAAAUGAAAAUGGAUGUAUCUAUAACUAAAAUACGUCUAGAUUCUCCGACAAGUAUUUCCGGACGGAGGGAGUACCAUCUAGACGGGUGGUGAAGAAUUGCAAGCCCAUGUUACAUGGGGUGAUGCCCCAAGUGAUACCAUUUUUUCUGACCGUUAUUUCAGUAUGAUUUUUAAACUUCGGCUGACUGCAUACAGUCAAAGGAAGACGACAGCCAACAUGAUUUUUGAUGUAAUAUUA